AUGGCUGUAGAGGAUGCUGUGAUGCCCAUUGCCAUUGUUGGCAUUGGCGGUAGGUUUCCAGGAGAGGCCACAAACCCUGAUCGAUUAUGGGAGAUGAUCUCAAAUGGCCGUAAUGCUCUCUCUGAAGUGCCAAAGGAGCGUUUCAAUAUCGAUGCGUUCUAUCACCCCUAUGCCGAAAGGCAAGGUACAAUGAAUGUCCGAGGAGGACACUUCCUCAAGGAAGACGUUUCUCUUUUUGACGCUCCAUUCUUUUCUAUCACAGCCAAAGAGGCCCAUGCUAUGGACCCUCAACAAAGACUUGCACUAGAAGUUGCAUACGAAGCUCUUGAAAAUGCUGGCAUGAAAAUGGAAGAUGUGCUAGGCUCUCAGAUGGCCUGCUAUAUGGCGUCUUUCACAAGAGACUAUGCAACGCUACGAGGCCAUGACGCAGAAGAUAUUCCGAUGUAUGAAGGCACUGGCAAUGGUUCUGCCAUGAUAUCGAACCGUCUAUCUUGGUUUUUUGAUCUGAAGGGACCUAGUCUCAGUUUAGAUACUGCCUGCUCUUCUUCACUAGUUGCACUACACCUUGCCUGUCAGAGUAUCCGGUCUGGAGAGACAAGAUCUGCCAUGGUCGGAGGCACAAAUCUAAUACUUAUGCCAGAAAUGCAGAUUGCCAUGACAUCUCUGCAUUUCCUUAGCCCUGAUAGCAAAUCUCAGUCAUUUGAUCACAAGGCAAAUGGCUACGCGCGUGGUGAAGGCGCCACAGUCGUCGUGAUUAAGGCCCUUGAAGAUGCUCUGCGGGAUGGUGAUACGAUCAGAGCCGUUAUUCGAGGCACAGGAGUCAACCAAGACGGAAAGACCCCAGGAAUCACGCUGCCUUCGGCAAAAGCUCAGGAAGAUCUCAUCAGAUACACAUACAAAACUGCGGGAUUACCAUUUGAGGAGACGGGCUAUUUCGAGGCUCACGGUACUGGUACCGCGGCUGGUGAUCCUCUCGAAUGUGCUGCCAUUGCUGCCACGAUCGGCGCCACCAGGCCUAAAGAUAGCCCUCUCUUGAUAGGAUCAGUCAAAACAAAUAUUGGCCACAUGGAAGGAGCCAGUGGUCUAGCCGGACUGAUCAAGGCUGUGUUUGCACUGGAACGGGCGUUGAUUCCUCCAAACCUCUGGUUUGAAAAAGCGAACCCCCGUAUCCCAUUGGAGAAAUGGGGCCUUGAGGUGUCAACAAAGCUUCAGCCUUGGAGAGAGAGCGGUCUUCGUCGCGCCAGUAUCAAUUCUUUUGGAUACGGCGGCACUAAUGCCCACUGCAUUCUAGACGACGCUUAUCACUACCUAGAAACCCGAGGGCUGAAUGGGGCGCACAACACUCUUGUAUCUCCGGAACCGUUGUCAGAAGAGAGUGCAAGCUCUGAAGACAGCAGCAGCAACAGCAGUGAUGCUGAUACAUCGUCGCCCAAACUGUUCAUGUGGUCAUCAAACGAGCAAGCCGGUAUCGAACGCACAGCGACACAACUGCUCAAGCAUCUAGAGUCACAGCAGAGAACGGACAUCAACUUCCUCGGCAAUCUGUCUCAUACACUGGCUGCUGGUCGAUCUAGGCUCUCUUGGAAGGCGUACACUGUUGCAUCAUCCACUGAAGAGCUCAUCUCGGCCUUGAAGAAGAGCCCUAAGCCGGUGCGAUCGUCGCAAACUCCUGUCUUAUACUUCGUCUUCACCGGCCAGGGAGCUCAAUGGUUUGCCAUGGGUCGCGAACUGCUAGCAUAUGAGUCAUUUAGGAAGAGCUUGCAGGAUGCGACUGACUACUUCAAGAGUAUCGGGAGCGAUUGGGACCUUCUUGAGGAACUACAAAGGAGUGAAAAAGAUUCACGAAUUAACGAGUCGCGAAUUAGCCAGCCGGCCUGUACUGCCUUGCAAGUUGCUGUGAUUGACCUUUUGGCGGAGUGGGAUAUUCGCCCUUCAGUGGUUCUCGGGCAUUCCAGUGGAGAGAUUGCAGCCGCAUAUGCCAAAGGCGCUUUCACCAGGGAUGAAGCUUGGAAGAUCGCCUUUCACCGUGGUCGCCUGUCUAGCGGCAUAGAAAAAGAGGGCUCUAUGCUUGCUGUCGGACUUGGAGAGACUGAGGUUGCACCCUACCUGGCAGAAGUCGACGCCAAACACGGCAGUGUUGUUGUUGCUUGCAUUAACAGCCCUUCAAGCGUGACCCUAUCCGGAGACUCGGCAGCCAUAAUCCAAGUUCAAAAUGCACUCGAAGAAGCGAAAAUCUUUAAUCGAAGGCUCGCUGUCAAGACGGCCUAUCACUCUCCUCAUAUGGAGUUGAUUGCAAAAGACUACUUGCAGUCAUUGAACGGUUUGCGUCCAUCUGAGUCGUCCGCAAAGACGGUCAUGUUCUCCAGUGUCACAGGCAAGGUGAUUGACAACGCUGCACUUGCCGCGCCCUCAUACUGGGUGUCAAACAUGGUCAGCCCGGUACGGUUCAGUCAGGCCGUGGAGGCUGCUAUCGAGUACAAUCCGACUAAGAAGCGUACUGCUGGUAGCUCUCAGUUCGUUGACCUCAUUGUCGAGAUUGGCCCGCAUUCGGCACUCCAAGGCCCCUUGAAGCAAAUUUUAGAUGCGAAUCGGUCCAAGCUGAAGCAUGACGUCCCGUAUAUCUCUGUCAUCUCACGCAAUGUGGACGCUGUGAGAAGCUGCCUCGAUGCCAUUGGAAAGCUGGCCCAACGAGGCCACCCAGUGGACAUUUCUCGAGUGCAUGUAAUGACGGAAAAUGAGAGUCAGCGACCCCAGUUCCUUACCAACUUGCCUCCAUUUGCCUGGAAUCAUUCCACAAAGUACUGGUACGAAUCUGCUGUCUCCGCAGCGUUCCGUCACCGAAAGCUUCCUCGUUACGAUCUCGUCGGAGCACUCAGCGAGCAUUCUACUGACGUUGAGCCCUGCUGGACCAACUAUCUACGUGUCUCAGAGGCUCCUUGGAUUGAACAUCACAAAGUCCAGGGUACGAUCCUGUAUCCAUUGUCAGGCAUGAUGGUCAUGGCUAUUGAAGCUGCUCGCCAGAUUGCAGACCACACGAAGGAAAUCGAUGGAUUCCAGAUUCGUGAUGUCUCUGUUGGUAAAGCCAUGGUCCUGGCCAGUGACGCACCCACUGAGACGAGACUUCAAUUCCGGCCACGUAGAGCAGGUACUCGCCUUCCAGAUGCCUUCUGGAAUGAAUUCACCAUCUCGUGUAGGAGCCGAUCUGGUGUUUGGACUCAGCACUGUACGGGUCUUAUCGCCGUCAAGUAUGUGGCAGAACAUAAUCCGACAUUCCAUAAUGAAGAAGAAGCGUCGUCGCGUCGACAUCGCGCAGAGUACGAAAGACUGUCUACCGCAGGAUUCAAGCCUGAUGAUCCCCGUCAGGUUUAUGCCUCACUUGCCGAACUUGGACUCCAAUGGGGACCGACAUUCACGGGUCUGGUGCACAUCAGCUCCGGUGACUUUGAAGCUCACUGUGAACUUGAGAUCCCAGACACUAGGAAGUUCAUGCCAGAAGGCUUCGAGUAUCCUCACGUUAUUCACCCAGCUGCAUUGGAUAACUUCAUUCAAAUGGUUAUCCCAGCAUGUACACCUGCGGGAGUCCAACUAGAAAAAGCAAAGAUUCCUCGAUUUAUCGAAAGCAUUUACAUCUCCAGCAAGAUUAGCUCCAAACCUGGCACUCGGUACUAUGGUUACUCAAAGUCUAAGCCAUACGGCUACAAUGAGUCUGUUGGAACGAUUGUUGCAUCUGAUGAAGCUUGGAAGAAGCCUAUGGUCAUCAUCGAGGGCUGUAGAAUCAUUUCUCUCGAGAACAUGACAGAUGGCCUCUCUACCGAGUCGGCAGCGACAACAACGUCCUUGAGAAAGCUUGGUGCCCACACAGAAUGGGAUAUUGACUUGGAGCAGAUGUCCUUGGAUACUGCUCAAGCAUUUUUUGCUCCUUAUGGCGCCACCAUCCCCGAUGCAGAUGUUGAUGUCGUUCGUGAUUUGGAGCUGGCAUCAUUCAUCUUCUGCAAGAGGGUGCUUAGUCGAUUCUCAGAGGAAGAUUCCAAGAGCUUCGCGCCGCAUCACCGUAUUUUCUACGAGUACAUGCGUCACAGAUAUGAACUUGCAAAGCAGGGCAAACUCGACUGCCAAACGGUUGGAAAGGAUUCGGUCGACUGGCUGAAUAUGACCAAAAAAGAAGAAGACGAAGUUCUGGGUUUCCACUUUGACGAGAUCUUGCGCGGCGAGCUUGAACCUCUCCAGGUCUUGAUGCAGGAUAGUCUCCUGACACAUUAUUACCGAAAUGCUCUAGGAACUAACAAGUGGAACCCUAUUAUUGCCAAAUAUGUCCAACUCAAGUCGCAUAAGAAGCCCCUACGAAUUCUUGAGGUCGGCGCGGGUACGGGAGGUACCACCUCGGUCAUUCUCGCAGCUCUGGGCCAGCGGGAGGAGGCUGCCGCCAGGCUUGAGUCUUACACAUUCACUGACAUUAGUGGUGGCUUCUUUGGCGCUGCUGCCGCUGAUUUUGACGAAUGGGCUCCAUUUUUGGAGUAUAAGGUACUCGAUAUUGAGAAGUCCCCAGUACAGCAAGGCAUCCAAACAGGUGUUUACGACAUGGUUGUAGCCAACAAUGUUUUGCAUGCAACCUCAGCUAUCAGCACGACUCUGGCUCAUUGCAGAGAGUUACUGAAGCCGGGUGGUAUUCUGUUGCUCGGAGAGCUUACCACUACCCUGGCGAGAGUUCCUAUGAUCUUUGGAUCCCUCCCUGGAUGGUGGGCAGGCGAGAAUGAUGGCCGUAAAUGGGGCCCCAGACUCUCCGAAGGGCUGUGGGACACUCGACUCCGUGAACAGGGCUUCAGUGGCGUCGAUUUGACAUUCCGCGACCACAGUACUGAGCACUACUCGAUCUCGCUUAUGUUUUCUACUGCUAGUCCCUUACCUCAACCGGAGCUUCCUAGAAGCAUUACAGUUGUCACGCCUUCAAACCCGACCACCGCUACAAAGGCAUUGGCCUCGAAGCUGGUGGCAAAGUAUUCACCUGUGGCCAAUGUUGUUGUCAAGUCUCUUGGCGAAAUCUCUACUUUCGAUCUGAGCAAUGAGACGACACUUUCCUUGCUUGAAGCUGAGACGCCUCUUUUGCAAGACAUCAGCAGCGCAGACUUUGAAGCCGUCAAACACCUCCUUCUUACUUCUCAGCACACCCUCUGGUUUACUAGGGGAGGUGCUUUAGAGACCCCCAAUCCUGGGGCCAACUUGAUUGCGGGAUUGGCACGAACAAUAAGAGGAGAGAUUCCGAGCAUGUUGCUAACCACAUUGGAUCUGGACCCGUCUGAUGACAUUGACUCUGUCGACUCAUUGUCUGGAAUCGACAAGGUGCUCCGUUCCAUGACACAGGCGAGCCAAAUUGAGCGUCCGGACUGGGAGUACGCACUCCAAGGAGGACAGCUUCACGUCUUACGUCUGACACCUAACAAGGCAGUCAAUGCAAUGUUCGAGGCUAGCAAGACUGAGCAGUCCGUCUCCAUGCUCCCAUUUAACCAACCAGGACGUGCGCUUGCUCUGGCAAUCAAGACGCCUGGUAUGCUCGACACAUUCCAAUUUGUCGAUGAUGAGGAACAUCCCAAGCCUUUGAAGAGUCAUGAAGUUGAGAUUGAGGUCAAGGCUGUUGGCAUGAACUUCCACGAUGUCAUGAUUUCGAUGGGUCAGAUCGCUGAUACCGAUCUGGGAGUUGAAUGCAGUGGUGUCGUUACACGUGUCGGCGAUGGCGUUACCAAGUACAAGCCAGGUGACCGUGUCAUCACAUUCCGUUUGGGUUGCUUCCGUACUUUCUUACGCAAUCCCGAAGGCAUGUUUGAAAAGAUUCCUGACACUUUAUCCUUUGACGACGCUGCCUCGAUUCCUUGCGUAUACUCCACGGUGUACUACUCGCUGUUCUAUGUGGCUCGCUUGGAGCGCCACGAGACUAUCCUUAUUCAUGCUGCCGCUGGUGGUCUAGGACAAGCCGCAAUUAUCCUUGCACAGCACAUCGGCGCCGAGAUCUUCGUUACAGUGUCUUCAGAAACCAAGAAGCAGUUCCUCAUCGACACAUACGGCAUUCUACCUGACCAUGUUUUUAACAGCAGAGACCACAGUUUUGCAGCUGGAAUCAAGCGUAUGACCAAUCAGAAGGGCGUGGAUGUUGUUUUGAACUCGUUGGCUGGUGAGGCUCUGCGACAGACUUGGCUUUGCGUGGCACCUUUCGGCCGCUUUAUUGAGCUUGGCAAGAAGGAUAUUGUUGGAAACACCGGCAUCGAUAUGAGCAAAUUCAUGGACAAUAUUGCUUUUGUCGGUGUUAACAUGCUUUCGGUUUAUCGUGAUAACAUUCCAUUAUUCGGUCGUAUCAUGGCCGACGUCAUGAAGGCCCUGGCGGAUGGCAUCAUCCGACCGGUGCAGCCGUUGAGGGUCAUGAACUUUUCACAGAUUGAAGAGGCCUUCCGUAUUAUGCAAUCCGGAAAGCACAUUGGCAAGAUGGUUCUCAGCGCUGGACCUGAGGAUCUUGUUCCGAUUGUUUCCCAGAAGAGCAAGCCAUACUCCUUCUCUCAGGAUGCGACGUACAUGAUUCCAGGAGGCCUCGGAGGUCUCGGCCGUUCGAUCGCCGCCUGGAUGGUUGACCAAGGUGCACGGCAUGUUGUUUUCACAAGCCGCUCCGGAGCCACUAAGCCGCCAGCUCGCAAGCUGGUGGAUGAAUUGACCAAGAAGGGGGCAAAGAUUCUCGCAUUCGCGUGCGAUAUCAGCGAUGCCUCCGAGCUCAAGGACGUACUCAAGACUGUCAAAGACAACAAGUUUCCCCUUAUCAAGGGCGUCGUUAACUGCGCUAUGCAGCUUCAGGACGUGUUAUUCGAGAACAUGAGCCUUGAGGACUUCAAUGCUGCUAUUAGGCCCAAGGUUUACACCACCAAAAAUUUGCACGACCUUCUACCGAGAGACAUGGAUUUCUUUAUCUGCCUUUCGUCGACUGGAGGCAUUGUUGGAUCUCGUGGCCAAGGGAAUUACAAUGCGGGCAAUACUUACCAAGAUGCGAUGGCCCAUUAUAGAAGAUCUCAGGGUCUGCCGGCAACGAGUAUCAAUCUCGGGGUCGUACUUGGUGUAGGUAUUACAGCCGAACGUGGAGAGAUCCUGUCAUACCUUAAGACGGGAGCCAUGAUUGGUAUCCACGAGCAAGAAGUCCUGGCUGUCGUCCAAGCCGCCAUGUCUGGGGAAAUGCCAAUCCAAGCCGUCGUUGGUCUUGCAACUGGUGGGCAUCUCGAGAAGAAUGGACACGAAGAUCCGUUCUGGUUCAGCGAGGCACGAUUCGGGCCUCUUCGCAUCUUCGACACCCAGCAGCUGCAGGCAAGCAGAGCAAGUGACUCUGGCGACUCUAACGCUGAUCUCCAAGCCGUGUUGCGAGGAGCGAGCACUUUGGCGGAAGCAGCAGAUGCCGUCUGCGUGGCUCUUGUGCGCAAGCUCGCUAAGGCCAUGAUGGUGGAGAUUGAGGACCUUGAUCCAACCAGGCCGGCGAACUCUUACGGUGUCGACAGUCUGGUCGCUGUUGAGGUCCGCGCCUGGGUCUUCAAGGAAGUAAAGAGCGACGUUUCUGUGUUUGAUAUUUUGAGCAACAUGCCAUUGGCGUCUCUGGCUACCAAGAUUGCUGCAAAGUCGUCCCUUUUGCCUCCCACAAUCUCGGGUACGGACGAUGACGCAUAA